GAGUAGAUAAACAGUAGAAGACGUGUGAGGCAUGGGACAAGUUUUGGAUGUAUCUAUGGUUAAGUCCAACGGUUCUGAUGUAUUGUGUUGUGAGGCAGUGCGUAACAAACUGACAACGUUGCAGCGGGUCGGGGUCAGGAGGUCGCCGGUUCGUGUCUCAAUCAUCAAUCGUCAAUCAACAAGAAAACAACAGCAAGCAUUAGUUGCCAGGCAGAGGAUCUGUCGACCGCAAGUCAUCACGUAAACAAGUCAAGGCCGAGCGCUGCUGUAAAUAGCUAGCCGGCCCUACAGGCUGUACAAGGUAUCAUGAGGUUCUGUGUCGCAGUUGUUUCUGUUCAUUGCUCAGCUGUGUUUCUGUCAGUGUAGAGUAAAUGCAAUGCACUGUAAAUCAAGCGGACUUAUUCUAUAUGACGGGGUGACAGCAGGAGGCUGGAUAUUUUUGAUGGGUUUACUUGGAAUUGCCACCAUAUUGUGGUUAUGAAGAAAUGUUUCAGGAAUGCACAAUAUAAAUUUCUGAACUCCAGAAUAUUUCAAGUCCCUGCUGCAGAGUGAGUGUGGCAUCCUGCCAGUAUCUCUUGAAGGUUAGGAUGCAUCUGUACCACUUGCUGGCUGGAAUUGUGUUUGUGACAAGAGCCCAGUCCCGGUGCCUCACUGACAUACCAGAAGUGAACCCAAAACGGUAUUUCCAUUAUGAGGGGCAUGUUUUGGACUUAAGGCUGGAGGUUUCAGGACGCAUCACACACCGUCUGGCAACUGAAAUUUUCAAGCUGUUCCUGCAGGAGGUGCUAGGAUACCCCUUUGUUACCACAGUGGAAGAGGAUGAUCAAUUCAACACCACCCGCACAGUGCAGAGGCUGAGUGGGCCACUUACCAAUCUGGCGGUUCCUUCAUCAGUGGUGAACCUGGAAGUAUGGAUUUCCCCUGAUACCAAUCUCAUAGAGUUCACAGAUGCAUAUCAAGUGAAGGAUUGUGGAAUGGUGGCUCCUGCAGGAAGGUUUGGGUGGUUUGUGCCAUCAACUUUGGCACAUCUGGUACCAGGCAUGGAUCACUGGCGCAUAUUUGCUGACCAGAGCACUGCAUGCCUGUUCAGCAUGAGUGACAAGGAUCUAAGCUAUGUGCAAGCAUUCACAAGACUCAAUGCAACAAACAGCAGGUUCUACUGUGAGGAGAGUUUCUGCGUCACAGGCCUGUUCACACCUGCUUACUGCAACACAUCUUGUGCAGUCCUACUGGCAGGCCAUCCUGAUGAGACGAGUUUUGUGGUGCAGCACAUUCUGGAGAUGAAACUGUUUGUAAAGGUUGUGUGGGUAGGUCCAAACCUCAAGUGGCUUACUGAUGCUCUGAUGGCCCACUACAUGAAUGAGAAGGCAAACCGGUCCCUUGUUCUGCUCAGUCGUGUGCCAAGCACUGUUACAAUGUGGGGUAGCAGCAAGUUUGUGAGUGUUGUUUUCCCUCCGUGUGAGACUUUACAGUCUUCUCACAUUGUUGGCUGCAAGUACGAGCUCCAGCGUCUUGUGAAACUGGUGUGGUCUGAGCUCGAGAUUGGAGCCAAACCAGCAUAUGAGGCUGUCCACAAGAUGUCCUUCUCACGUGAUAAUUACUAUGACUUGCUGGCACGAUACAAUCAGCAGCCCGGUGCUGUGGACAAGAUUGCUUGUGAGUGGCUAGUGCACAACAAAGAAAGUUGGUUGCCCUGGAUCCCGACCAGUGAUGAAAAGAAUGUAUUAUAUAUCGGAGGGAUAUUCCCCAUCAGUGGUUCCAGUUACAUUGCCAAGGGAAUAGUAAGAGCUGCUGAAAUGGCACUGGAAGCUGUAAAUGCAAAUGACAGUGUUUUGCGAGACUACAACCUCAAGAUGAAGGUGAACAAUGGGGAAUGUAAGGCAGAGGCUGUCAUGAAGACAUUCAUCUACUAUGUUUUGUUCAAUGUGUACAAGAAGCUUGUUGGUAUUUUGGGUCCAGCAUGCUCUGACACCGUGGAGCCUCUGGCUGGGGUCACAAAGCAUUUCCGCACAGUGGUGAUCAGCUAUAGUGCUGAGGGAUCCAGCUUUUCAGACCGCAGAAAGUACCCUUACUUCUUCAGGACCAUUGGAGAGAAUACUCAGUACAAGUUUGUGUACUUACAGCUGUUCCAGCAGCUGGGCUGGGAGCAGAUGGCAGCCCUUACCGAGGAUGGACAGAAGUACACAGAGUACAUAUCACACAUGCAGGAUCUGUUGCAGGCCAAUGGCAUCACAUUUGUUGUCAACAGGAAGUUUCCUCGUGACAGGGGAAAGGCCACUAUGUUCAAGUACUUGGAGGAGCUGAAGAACAAAAAAGUGCGCAUAAUUAUCGGGGACAUGUUUGAUGAAGCAUUGCGGGAUGUAAUGUGCCAGGCAUACCACUUGAAAAUGACAGCAAAAGACGGUUACGUGUGGUUUCUACCUCCGUGGCUGGCACCUGAUUGGUAUGAUACUGACCGAUACAAUUCACACCACUCGGAGAACGUCUUGUGCAGCACAGCACAGAUGGUAGAUGCCAUCAAUGGUCACCUGUCCCUGGCACAUGCAUAUUUUGCCCCUGACUCGGAGCUGAUGCAGGAGAACAUCACUGUGGGUCAGUGGCAAGAGAAGUACAAAUCAUUAUGCAGAGUGCGUAAUGUAAGUGAGUCUAACUAUGCAGGCUUUGCUUAUGAUGCUGUGUGGACCUACGCACUGGCUCUCAAUAACCUCGUGAAAGAGGACCAGUCCCUUCUGUCGGACCUCCACUCCAAUGUUUCUACCCAACGAUUUGUAGAAAUGCUGGAAGCUACCGACUUUCAUGGAGUGUCCGGUCGAAUCAGAUUUGUAGGUGCCUCACGAGUCUCUGAUAUCAAUGUUGUACAGUGGCUGAACAACAGGACCCAAGUUGUGGGUGUCUUCCGUCCAAAUGUCUCAGCUGUACGUCAGGAGAUAUCUGGUGGCAUCCUGGAGUUGAACCUCUCGGCCAUCAUUUGGCUGUCGGCAGACGGACGUAAACCUACCGACGGUAAGGAACCACCGCCUCGAUGUCUUCUUGAAGGGUUGGCAACUGUGUUGGAUGUGACCUGUGAUGUUGCAUUUGUUGCUGUGAAUAUUAUUGGCUUUGGACUGCUUGGAAUUGUUCUCAUCAUCGCUUUCCUUGUGGUGAAGAGGAGGUACGACAAGAAGGUGCGGCAGACACAGAACUACAUGAAGUCACUAGGUAUUGACCUGCUGGCAGCACAAAAUAUGAGCAGCCUCGACAAGUGGGAGAUCUCCCGCGAUCGAGUUGUAAUCAAUCGUAAGCUGGGAGAGGGAGCAUUUGGCAUGGUGUAUGGUGGGGAGGCACUGUUUGAAGACAAAGGCUGGGUGGCUGUAGCAGUGAAGACGUUGAAAGUUGGCUCCACAGUUGAGGAAAAACUAGACUUCCUGAGCGAGGCAGAGGUGAUGAAAAGGUUUGAACACAAAAAUAUCGUCAAGUUGCAGGGGGUGUGCACCAAGAAUGAGCCUGUCUACACAAUUAUGGAGUUCAUGUUAUAUGGUGAUAUGAAGACAUUCCUCCUUGCACGCCGACACCUUGUUAACGAGAGGAUUUCUGAGGAGUCUGAUGAGAUAUCAAGCAAAAAAUUGACAAUGAUGGCAAUAGAUGUUGCACGAGCCCUCAGUUACCUCGCCGAGCUCAAAUAUGUACACAGGGAUGUGGCAUCCCGCAAUUGUCUAGUCAACGCCUCCAGGGUUGUGAAGCUCGGUGACUUUGGUAUGACGCGCCCCAUGUACGAGAAUGACUACUAUAAGUUUAACAGAAAAGGAAUGCUGCCGGUGAGGUGGAUGGCACCAGAAAGCCUGGCGUUGGGACUAUUUUCCCCAAGUUCAGAUGUCUGGUCAUACGGUGUUCUCCUGUAUGAGAUCAUCACAUUUGGCAGCUUCCCAUUUCAGGGAAUGAGCAAUAGCCAGGUACUGGAGCAUGUAAAAAGUGGAAACACACUCCCCAUCCCAGCAGGAGUCAAGCCUCAAUUGGAAGGUUUGAUUAGAUCUUGCUGGAACUUUGAUCACAAACGGCGGCCCCAAGUUUCUGAAAUCGUUGAAUUUCUUGCCAAUAACCCGCGGCUGAUCUCUCCCUGCCUGGAUGUGCCCCUGGCAUCUGUCCAGAUGGACGAUGACAUAGGACAGCUAGAAAUGCGGUUGCCAAACGUGACAUUCAGGAAGUGUUCUGCGUCUAUGAACUUCUCACCAUCGGCAGAUGCGGCUGCCUGCGCUUACGCAAGGGAGCCACUGCUGUUAUCCACAAACUCUUCGUCAUCAACGGAACUUAGCAAGUACAUGGCGUUGAACAGUGAGAUUGAGCCAGAUGGCGUGCAGGCAAUGAGUAUACUGUGACCCAAUGCCAGUCAUGGCUUCUCAUGCAGAUGUUACGGUGUCAUGUUGGUUAUCAGUUAUAUAUUUUUGACAUAAUGAAAAUUAUGCUAAUCAUUAAGAUACUGUCAUGUAGGUACCAGUUGUUCAUGUUUCUUACAUUUUUAAACAAAUGAAGAGUACAAUAUUUGUAAUAGGAAGGCACUAGUCAUUUAUAUUUCAUACAUUUUUGGUUAUCAGAACGCUUCAGUUUGUGGUAUAACAUUUUUUAAUGACCGCAGCAAUAUGCUUGACCAGCGUGCUGCAAGAGUCGACAGCGCUGACUGGAAGGCACGCCAGAAGCGUCUUGUCAUUGGGGUGCUGUGUGUUGUAAUGUGCUGCAAACCUAGCUACAGUGCUGUCGGUACGAGUUAUAACAACAGACGGCUUUCUUAAAAUAUAUAUAAAAUGUAGUUAUAAUUGCGAUAAAGAAUUCUGGUGCAUCUGUAACACUAGUUCGCUGAUGAGAGUAAUAAUGUUAUAUGUGCAGAAAAAUACAUGUGAAUCUAUAACAGUAAGACUAUCAUAAAUAGAUGAUAUUUUUUGUAACGUGUUCAUACAUAUUAGAGACUUGCUAUUGGUCCACCUGAGUGAAGUUGUGUUAAUUAUUGAAGCAAAAUGUGCAGUUUGUUCCUAUAAGGGUAAUCUAAAUACACGGCUCUGACAGAAUUAA